AUGGCCUACUACAAGGGCCCCGGCGGGAUGCUGCGGAACCUUUGGAGUGCAGCAUAUCUGUGGACUACCUUGCCCAAUGCCUUUUUCACGCUGUCCCGGGACCUCCGGGCCUCGGUGGUAGAUGCAGCGUCCAAGCAACAACCGUAUGGUGAAUUACGCAAGGGCAACACACUGAAGAACUCCUUACUGCUCGAUUACAGCAGUAAACCCUUCCUUUGGUCGUGGUACUCGGCUAUCCAGAACAAGCACUACAGCUUGGGGGUCAUCAUGCUUCUCUACCUUGUCUCGAACAUAACUGUGGUGCCUCUUUCUGCGCAUCUGCUCACCGCAACCCCAGUCAUCAACAAUUCCACCAACACCCUCAAACCCCUACAAUUAUGGGACGACUUGGACCUUGAUGACUCGCUGAACUGGAAUGAGAUUGUCGACGAGGUAUUUGCCAUGCUUAUCUUCAAGGCGCCACCAUCAGCAUGGACAAAUUUGCACUAUGCAUUUCGGCCAUAUGGGGCCGACAACGGCCAGGUGCCUAACAAAUACAACAGCUCGAUUAUUUACUUCCAAGACCAUCCCAGCCAGGCCGUCGAGUUUCGGCCCGCUACUUGGGACCGUUUCGAGCAAAACCUGACUAGCAUAUCAUUCAGAGAUCCCACUGGUGCUUUGUCCGUGGAUGGGUUCUCCUAUCUCAUCAACAGGCAUGUUCUUGAAGCAAACACCUUGAACCCUUAUGCCAACAAGGACCAAAUAUUGUUAUCUACGGAACGAGUUUUCGAGGCCAUUUAUGCUGUAGCGAACGACGGACUGGGGUUCCCUCGCUCGGUGGUGGAAAACGAUGAGCCGCCCUCAAUCCAGGGAAUCGUCUCUACCCCAGAUACGCGGCUGUUCGUGGUCCCUGAGACGGCGUAUUACAUCAUUGUGAUAUUGUCCUUCAUUGCUGUAUGCAACAUUGUUUUGUAUUAUUAUCACCGGCGUCACCGGUCGGUAUUAUGGGAAGAGCCCGUCGGGCUGCUGGGGGCCGCGGAAUUACUCUACGAGGGAAAUACGAGCAGAUUCAUUGCCCGGGUCAGGAGACACCAUCCGGCUGCCACCCGGAUCGUGAAGCUCGCCCUCAAUGACCCCGCCUAUGCCUUGUAUACGGCUGCAGUGGAUGAGAGGGGGAAGCUGAUGGUUUCUGCGUCUGGUCGAGAUCUGGAUGAUAUGAUGUGGGAUUACAAGCCUGCUUCAGGAUACUCUGUGUGAAUUGGUUACCGGUGCUCCAGGUGAUUCAAGCAACAAAUAGGAGCUAGUCUGGAGGAUUGGGAUUGAUAAGAGUACGAUAAGUUGAGUGGACAGUCCUACCAGCUUCUGCCUGGAUUGGUCGAGGAUAGAUAGGACAAUGAUUUCGCUUAGUGAGUCCAGAUAGUCUACUCUUGCCCUCAAGGC